GUGUGAGGCAUCUCCGUACCAGUCAGCACAUCAGUACGCCCAACUCCAACCCUCUUGGCUGCCAGCUCCAACACAGACUUUAUCUCUUGUUGCUGUUCACUCUCGAAGCUUGAACAAUUCUUAGUUGCUCCUUCUCUUGCAUACUCACAUACACACAUUGCAUCUUUCCCCCUUCACUCUGUCUGGCUUUCCUUCUUGAGAGUGAAACAUGGUUGCGGGCUUGCACAUGACCGGAUUUUUGGCUAGCUUUGUCGGUUGGAUUGGCUUGAUCGUAGCAACGGCCACCAAUGACUGGGUGGUGACUUGUGGCUACACCAUCCCCACUUGCCGAAAGAUGGAUGAACUCGGAUCCAAGGGACUGUGGGCAGACUGUGUCAUGGCUACUGGGCUAUACCACUGCAAGCCACUGGUGGACAUCCUCAUAUUACCAGGAUAUGUCCAGGCAUGCCGGGCCCUGAUGAUUGCAGCUGCUGUUUUGGGACUCCCAGCUGUUUUACUUCUGGUGACAGUUCUGCCUUGCAUUCGGAUUGGUCAUGAACCUGGAGUGGCCAAAUACAGGCGGUCUCAACUGGGAGGAAUCCUGCUGAUCCUCGUGGGUUUGUGUGGCAUUGUGGCUACCAUUUGGUUCCCAGUGAGCGCUCACCGCGAAACCACGAUCAUGAGCUUUGGAUACUCGUUGUACACAGGAUGGAUCGGAGCUGCUCUCGCCCUCCUUGGUGGCUGCAUCAUCGUUUGCUGCUCAGGAGACGCUCAGUCGUUCGGUGAGAACCGGUACUAUGCCUCAGGAUCCAGCUCGCCCACCCAUGCGAAAAGCGCCCACGUAUAAAGGAUCCGGAGACUUCCUUACAUAUUCAUAAAAUGUUUUUGAAACGGGUGGAGGGGGGAAUUGUGUCUCGUUUUUUGCGGGAGGGGGGUUCUUGCAUUGGCUUGUAUCUUCGCACACAAGUUGGGCACAUGCCUUGCAGAAGAUUUAGAAACAGAUUGAGAUUUUUAAAAGUAUAAAUGUCACAUGUUUGCUUUAAUAGAAACCUGUAACAUAAAUAAAUCAGGUCCAUUCGUCACUCAAUGCUCAUAAUAAUAUUGAAACAUUAAGCCUGGUUCCUCCCUUUCCCUUCUCCAUUCUCUCUCUCUGUGUGUCUUUCAUUCUCCUUCCCUCUCUUCUCUAUCUUUUCUGUCCCUUGUUUUCUCCUUUUCCUCCUCCAUGUCUCUUUCUUCCACCUUCUGCUCCUUUCUUUUCCUUUUUGUAAGUUCACAUCUCUCCUAUCACAUCAAGGCCAUCUUUUUUGACUAAGUUACGAAGACAGGGAAAGGAAGAUGCUGUACUUUUCUGUCUGUACAAAUGUUUUCUUUUCCAUGAAAUUAGGGGUUAUCUUUUUUUCCUUUGUUUGAAAAAAGAACAAAAACUGUAAGGAACUUGAUCAUUUUAGUAACAGUAUUUUUUUUUGUUUAAAUGCAUCAGUAUGAAGGAGACAAAGCCAAGAGUUUCUAAUUACAAGAUAAAUAACAGAACACUUGUACAUAGCCUUCAGUACAUGUGCGGGGGGGCCAAUUCCCACAACCCGCCCUCUCUACUUUGUUUUGUACAGUUUUUGUUGUGCUAAAUGUACUUUGAUUUCUCUUUUCUUUCCCCCUGCGUUCUGAUUAAUUUGUAAUCUGACAUGCACUAUUGAUGUGGAACUUUAUCUAAUCGGAUGCCAAUUCAGUGAGAUCCAAUGAGUACUGAUGAUGCUUUUCAUCUUUAAAAGAAAUACUGUACAAUAUAGAGAAAUAAAGGUUGAAAUUACUAGUUUA